AUGACAUACUUCACCUUCAUUUUCGACGGCGCCUUAGAUUCACAGCGACUUGCUACUGCGUGUCACGCUCUUGUGGCGCGUCACCCAAUGCUGCGAACAUUGUUCUUUGUUCAUAAUCGACAGGCACUAAAUGCUGUUCUCAAAUCUGUGGACUGUGGAUUCCUUGAGUUCGAAUCUGAGGGUGAUCUUAGACCACAAAUUGAUCGAAUUGUGGAGGAUCUCUUGAAAGCUUCGUGGUCUCUUGUUCUUCGCGAACUAUCAAGAGUCGAGGAUGUGGUAUUUGGCCAACUAGUCUCAGGUCGGAACUUGCCAAUUCACGAAGCAGAAAGUAUUCUUGGGUGUUGUGUAAACGUCGUCCCUGUUCGCGUGGCACUAAAGAAUACAAAAAUCCUAGAACUACUGAACCAGGUUCAGAACAACUACAUCGCUACUGUUGCUUAUGAAACUCUGGAUUUCACCAAAAUUGUCGAAAAAGGCACCAGCUGGCCACGUGAGACACGCUUCAGCUCGAUUCUCCAGCAUCAGAACUUGAAUGAUAUCGUUGAAUCGAUUCCAUUUGUAGACACAACUCUGUCAUGGAAUAAGGGUGCUGUGACCCAGAAGUUCGCACAAGAUGUUCACGCGAGAUUAUGCGACAUCAUCCUGGCCAUGAGCCAAGAUCCCCACGGAAGCAUGGCAUCGAUAACUGUACCAAUCACCGAUAUGCCCACAAUUCCCAUUCCCGUGGUUGACUAUGACCCUCCCGUUCUGACAACAUUGUUCAAAAUCUCACUUGUCGAUGAAGCCUGGCGAACCGUUCUCGGAUGCUCUGAUGAAGUGCCUGGCGAUUUCUCAUUCUUUGAGACUUGGGUUGAAGGAAUUUUGGCUGCUCAAUUCGUCAGAUUUUACCAAGCAAGAGGAAUUAUCCUUGGAGUUGAAGAAGUUCUCGAAGCACCUACCAAGAAUGCUCUUUAUGUAUUGAUUGGGCAGAAGCUGGCCUGUUGA